AAUAUGGACCAGUAUCAUCUGAGUGACGACAAUUCGCUCCAUUCUGAAAUUCAGCUCCCGGAAUUUUCUGGGAACCAGGCUUUGGACUGUAGUGACACAUUCAGCCAUGAUCUCUGUCCAGAUAUGAGAGACAUGAUUUAUGCUGGACUGAACAACCUGGAUGUGGACCCCAGCCUUUCAACGACAAAUAUAAACAGCGAUUCAUUGGAAGACAACCUGGAUACCUUGUCUUUGUACUCAGUAAAAGACUGCGAUUCUGCUAAACUGCUCGAUGAUUGUGACACAGACUCACAGCCACUUUUGCACGAAUUGGGGCUUCCUGCCCCUUCGGCACCAAAAGAAGUGGAGCCAGGAGGCAGAUCCGGUUCCGGCAGCGGGAGGAAAGGGAGACCCCAGCAAAACGCCCUCCAGGCCCCCUUCUUGGAUUGCAGCCUCUGCGGGAAGGUGUUCAGCAGCACCAGUUCCCUGAGCAAGCACUACGUAACUCACAGCCAGGAACGGAAGCACAUCUGUAAGAUCUGCAGCAAAGCUUUCAAGCGACAGGACCACCUGAGUGGUCAUAUGCUAACCCACCAGAAAACAAAGCCCUUCAUUUGCAUAGAAGAAGGUUGCAACAAGAGCUACUCGGACCACCGAUCGCUGCGCCGGCAUUAUGAAAUGCACCACGGUUUGCGGCUGCUGAAGGAGGAGGAAGCCUGCGAGAGCACACCACCUCCACAUGAUCCACACGCCCAGAGCAGUUUGAGAGCGGCGGAAAGCCUGGCCGAAUCGCCAGCGCCCAAUCAUUCCCUCCUGCCCAACCGAGACCUGCUGAGGUGUAUCGUCAGCAGCUUGGUCGGCCCAAAGCUUCCGCCCGCUCCUCCCUCAUCCACGGGGCAGGGUGAAACCGACUCCAGGGGGCCCUUGCCACCUUCCAGUUCGGUCUACAGUCAGAUUUCGUGCAGCGCUACCGCCGUGAGAGAAACCCCUGGCGAGAAGGCGAUGAAGGACAUCUAUCCUUGCCAAAAGAACUUGCCUUCCUCCAGCAUGUACACUAUAAUCAACACGGGGAAUUUAUCCAUACUUGGGCCAUCGGAAAGCCAUGCAAAUUUGCCAGAGAGGCCUUCCCACGUGGAACGCGACUUCCCUAUAGAAGCCAGCGCUUUGGAGUACUGGUCCAACAGCGGCAUGCCUCGUUUCCCCUUAUUCAGGGGCCAGAAGUUUCCUGCCCCCACCCAGCAGGCCAGCAGCGGCGUCCCGUGGGCCAGAAACGCAGGUCCCCCAGUCGGCCCCAAAGCCAAAGGACACGGCCUUUACGUCGCUCAGUUGUCUUCCGGCGGCCACGAAGCUUCCCAAGGGAUCAUGGGACCGUCCCACGCGUUUGACUCCGUGAGACCCACUUUCGAGUGUCCGGAUGUUUUGCCGUUCCCUCCGGCUUCUUUAAAGACCCACGGGGAAGCGUCCGGAGAGGCCAGACUCCAGUGCUUCGAAGAGACGUUUAGCCCAGUGGCGAGACUCUCGGACCCCCCGAAACACAGCCUCCUUCCGAAGGGCGAGGCCACACCGCUCUUCCGGCAGCUGUUCGUGAAAUCCAAGGAGUCCUCCUCCCUGAGCCAGGAGCAGCUCCAGAGCCACCUUUUCCAGAGGAUCACCAAAUCUCAGCACGUCGUGUCCCACACCAAGGUGUUAGCCCCGUCGAAGGAAGCCGAACCAGCAGGAGCCAAGCCGGCUCUCCGUGGCUUUCCGCAGCAGGCGGAUUUGCUUCGCCCGGCCGCGCAGCCGGUGCAAAACGACGGGCCUCCUUCGACUCAGUUUCAAGGGGAUUUUUUGCCUGACCUCGAAAAAGACGGGCACCAGCCGCCUUUGCCCUCUUUCCAUUCGUCUGCCGUGCCCUCGGCAACCACCAGCAGCAGCGCUUCCCACGCCAAGCACUCCCGGCCUUCCAAAAGGUGCCUCGAGUGCAAAGACUUUUCCAGCCCCAACCAGUCGGCCUUGUAUGAAAACACCCCAGGGAACCACACUUACGGGAAGCCCAGGGAGCUGGAGAACGACUCUCCUUUGCCCAGGAAGAAAGAGAAGGCCAAGGCAUGUACGAAAGGACAUUCCCGCAGCGGUAGACCCCGCCGGAAGGAGAAGCCCAAGUUUGAUAUCAGCUCCGUGGCCUCCCCUAGCCAAGUAGCCAUGGCUUCCUUUUCCUUGCCCAGCACCUCGUUUGAGAGCGUGUCCAGAGCGAAGCCCAAGCUGACGAUUUUCAACAGAAUCCAGGGUGGAAAUAUCUACAGCUUUACUAAUGCAGUCAAGGAGGAGUGCUUUUUUCCUGGAUGUAGUAAGUCUGAGGCAGAUCCUGGAGACAGGAGUGAGAAAGGGAACAGCUUUCGCUGUGCAACCUGCAAUCAGCUGUUUUAUACCGAAAGGGGCCUGAACAGCCACAUGUGUCUCUGUGGUGAGCAGUGGCAGCCUCCGUCAGGGAAGGAAAAACAGCAGGCCUAUGAGGCAGAGCAGUUACAUCCUCAGAAGUGGCCCUUCCAGGCAGCAGCGGUUCCUCCCGAAACGAAAAGAUUUUUGGAAGAUGGAGCAGUGGCCCCGAUCGUAAUGCCUGUCUCGGUACCCAUAAUGGCUGCCAACCAACAGCAAUCCUUGGCUCCAUUUCUUUUGGGUCAGGUUAACGAGAAGGAAAGCCAGGAUGAUAAGGAUCUCCAGGAGGGCAUGCCCCCCAAGAAGAAGAAGAAGCGAGCUCACCCCAAAUCCCUGCUCAUCCCACCUCCUUCACCUGCUGGGAACGAGAUUCAGCCUGGUACUGGGGGAUGCUACCAGAGUAACCUUCGCUCCCCUGUCUUCCUCAUGGACCAUUUUCUUCAAGGCUUUAUGCAGUGCUCUCCGUACACGCCACCCCCGAUGCUCAGCCCCAUUCGCGAGGGCUCCGGGCUCUACUUCAACACCCUCUACUCUACUUCGACGAAUCCCACUCCUGUCUCGAUGUACACCUCCGUUUUAGAUGGAAUGGAUGGAGCCCUUUUAUUCUCUCUUGUGAAAGAUACUACCAAAAUUAACAUAGAACCGCACAUUAACAUCGGAAGCCGAUUCCAGGCGGAUAUACCCGAUCUCCAAGACAGAUCGAAUAUAGAGGAGUAUGAGCACCCAGCCUCGCUAGUCUGGAAGCCCUGGGGAGACAUCGUCACCAACAAGGAGACCCAGAAAAGAGUGGCAGAUCUGCUAAAGUUGGCCUGCUCCAGCGCGAUGCCAGGCGGAGGGACCAAUUUAGAACUAGCCAUACAUUGUCUGCACGAAGCCCAAGGAAACAUUUUGGAAGCGCUGGAGAUGAUGUUACUCCAAGGGCCACAGAAGCUUCCUGGCCAUCCUCUUGCUAACUACCAUUACUCAGGUUCACAUCUGUGGACGCCUGCUGAGAAGCAGUUGUUCAAAAAAUCUUUUGCCUUGCACAAAAAGGACUUCUACCUCAUACAGAAGAAGAUACAAACUAAAACUGUUUCCCAGUGUGUCGAAUACUACUACAGCUGGAAAAAAAUAUUGAAGUUUGACUGCAACCGAGCGCAAGGGGGAGAAAAGAGACCCCGGACCGAGCAGGAUGAGGCGGAAUUGGAUGAAGAAAAGGUUGUAUGCAGCCCCAAGAAAAGGCACUGCCACCUGCCUGAACAGGAGAAUAAGCCGAAGUCAAGGAAUUACAAAAAGACAGCGCACACUGCCUUCAGUCCAUCCAGCAGCCAGAAGGACACUCCAGAUACCCCCAGAAGCACAGUCAGCCAGGGGGUCUUCCCUUGUAAAGAGUGUGCCAGAGUGUUUGACAAGAUAAAAAGUCGGAAUGCCCACAUGAAGCGCCAUCGCCUACAGGAACAAAUGGAACCAAUGAUAAAAAUUAAGUGGCCCCUAAAGCACUUGAAAAAUGAACCAAAGAAGGAAGAAAAAAACUUGGACAUGGAUUUCCUCCAGUGGUAAACUGGGAAGGAGCAGUUUCGGGGUAAGAAAGUUGUUAAAACUGUCAGGGGAGGGGAAAAAAUCAGGUUUCUUGUAAAAAUUAUGUUUUAACACUCCCAAUAGAUAAAACGAUUCCUAGUUUUGACACACCUGGGUUUGAGUUAGCAACGGAGAGGCCAACUUAACAUCUGCAAAGAUCAUUCACCCCUCACUACAGUAUUGAAGGCCAGGAGUUGACAUCCUGAAUGGCUCAGUGGUGCCCUUAAGAAUCCCAUCCUCUUCAAUCCUUCAUUACAAAUAGUUAAAUUCAUCGUACAGUUUGACACAAUCAUGUCCUCAGCUUCUGCAUUAUCUCUAGGAAAAGCUGACAAAAUUCCCUGAAGGCAGGGAAUUCACUGUGACAACAUGCACAGUGAGACUCGUAAAAUUUACAAGAAAUAAGGGAAAAGUUAAGAUGGCUGAACUACUGUUGAUGCCAGCAGUUUGUUGCUUGCAUUUUAAGACAAGAGACCCCCCUAUUAUCUCUGUUCCAAUAAGUAUUAACCAUAUUUGUUGCAAUAGAAAGAAAAGAUAAUACAGCAUCUUACAGAUCAACUUAACGAUGUCAGCUUUAACCAUUUGUAUUAAAGUAUUUUUGGGGAGUUUCUGUGCUAGUACAGAUUAAACUUCUAAAAUACUCAAUAUUAUAUCGCACCGGACAAUUCAUAUCCCAUCCUAUGUGACUUAACGAAUUAAGACUGCAUUAAAUUUUAGACACAAAGACUUGGAAGUAUGUUUAUUAAGCGUGUGCAAGAUCUCCUGAUCAGGCUGUUUUAAGGAUGGUUUCUGGAACUUAAUCUUCCCAGCUAGAAGGGUUUUAUGGUGUUCAGUACAAAACAGGCUGAUUCAGGGGAUUAACUUUCAGAUUUGAAGGUGUAACCUUAACAGGUAAUUUAACAGUUGAUUUAACUUACAAAUCACAUCCUCUGCCUAUUGUAUUUUGUUGCAUAUCUUGUUCAGUUCAAAUGUUAUGAUACUCAAAUUCUCUCUCUUUCUCUCUUUCUUUCUCUCUCUCUCUCUCUCUCUCCUCCAUCCCACCCCAGCUGUGUCUUGUAGAGUUCUGUUAAUAUUUCUAUUUUUAUUUUGGAGGAGAACAAAAUAGACCAAUCAGUGAGAAAUUGCCAUUGUAUUUCGUAUCUUUUCUGUGACUGAUAUUGUACAACUGCUUUUUGAUUCACUCUAUAGUGCCGAAGUGAUCUGUGUUCUUGU